AUGGGUGGAGAUGGUGGGCCGAGAGCAUCCAUGACGAGCACAUUCAUCCAGGGCAGCUCAGCUGCUUCCUCUCGUGAUCGGGUCAUGAUGUCGACUCUUCCGCCCGUGAGGUAUCCGCUAGUGGCCUGUCUAUAA